CUUAUCUACUACUUGGACCAUACUUGGCCCCACCUUAAAAUUUAUGAUUCUUUUUUUUAUAUUUAAACUUUUUUAUAUAAUAAAGUUAUGCUAAGAGCAUUUGGCAGUGGCAGUAUAGCUCUUCCUUCUGCCAUACUUCACCAAACUACCUGAGGUGGUUCUUUGGUGGGAAAAAAAGCAAAGAAUUGCUUGAAUUUAAAGAGGUUGAAAUUUCAAGCAAGGGAAGAUGGAUUAUGUUAAUGGACCAGGAAGAAACCAUCUCUUUGUUCCAGGGCCGGUUAACAUACCAGACCAGGUCAUUCGGGCUAUGAGCCGAAACAACGAGGACUAUCGUUCUCCUGCAAUUCCAGCUCUGACAAAAACUCUACUUGAAGAUGUCAAGAAGAUUUUCAAGACUACUACUGGAACUCCAUUUCUUAUCCCUACUACUGGUACCGGUGCUUGGGAGAGUGCUCUGACAAACACAUUGUCACCUGGAGAUCGUAUUGUAUCUUUCGUGAUUGGCCAAUUCAGUUUGCUUUGGGUUGAUCAGCAGCAACGCCUUAAAUUUAAUGUCGAUGUUGUGGAAAGUGAAUGGGGCCGUGGUGCUGAUCUCGACAUUCUAGAAUCAAAACUUGCUUCUGAUUCUGCACACACUAUAAAGGCUAUUUGCAUUGUUCAUAAUGAGACUGCAACUGGUGUCACCAAUAACUUGGCCAAAGUUCGACAACUUCUCGAUGCAUACCAACAUCCAGCCCUCCUCCUUGUUGAUGGAGUGUCAUCCAUUUGUGCUCUCGAUUUCCGUAUGGACGAAUGGGGAGUAGAUGUGGCCAUAACUGGUUCUCAGAAAGCCCUUUCCCUUCCUACUGGUAUAGGAUUUGUGGUUGCAAGCCCUAAAGCCAUCGAAGCUUCAAAAUCUGCCAAAUCACUUCGAGUUUUCUUUGAUUGGAGUGACUACCUGAAGUUCUACAAGAUGGGAACUUAUUGGCCAUACACUCCUUCCAUUCAGCUUCUCUAUGGUCUUAGAGCAGCUCUUGAUCUGAUUUUUGAGGAAGGACUUGAAAAUAUCAUUGCAAGGCACAAUCGUUUAGGUACAGCAACCAGACUUGCUGUGGAGGCAUGGGGUUUGAAGAAUUGCACACAAGAGGAAGAGUGGUUCAGUGACACAGUGACUGCUGUUGUUGUUCCUCCUUACAUUGACGGUGCUGAAAUUGUUAGAAGGGCAUGGAAAAGAUACAAUUUGAGCUUAGGUUUGGGACUAAACAAAGUUGCUGGAAAGGUUUUCAGAAUUGGACAUCUUGGCAACUUGAACGAGUUGCAACUAUUGGGUGCUCUUGCUGGUGUGGAGAUGAUACUCAAAGAUGUUGGUUAUCCAGUAAAAUUGGGAAGUGGAGUUGCUGCUGCCAGUGCAUACUUACAGAACAAUAUUCCUCUCAUCCCUUCAAGGAUUUGAGUUACAUGGUCAUUCUUGUAAUUACUUCCUUUUUCUGCUCAUUCAAGAUAUAUGUAAAAUACAUAAUAUGUAUUAUUUUUAUUCCCUUUUGAACUCUUUUGAAGACGAACAUAUUUGCUACUUUUAGUUUUAAUAAUGCAUUGUUUCUUUCAUUGUCAAGUA